CGGGGUUCCCUUUUAGAUGCACACGCAAUUACACGCUGACACAGGACGACAAACAACGUUAGCGGUUGUCAAAGGCGAAACAAAAUCCGGCUCCGGAAUUGACGUCAAAUAAAGUUUAGACCUCCGGAUCUGAAUACGGACGGCAUCACCCCCUUUCCAAAGCCCCACCCCCGUCUUUCCCGUCACACCCACUCACACGCGGCGUCGGGCACGGCAUCGGACACGGCUUACAGUCUCUAAUCGUCCGGUCUCCGCGAAUCACCCAAGGGUUAUCCGUAAGCUCCAAUGAAUCCGGACCAGGCAACCCCGCCCGCCGGACCAAGCACCGGCGGCAGCAGCAACCCCUCUUCCACCUCCAACUCUUCCGCCCCCGGCCCCGGACCUUCGUCCGCCUACCAUUCGGCAUCAGCAUCAGCAGCAGCCGCCGCAAAACGCUCCCGCGUCCUCCUCUCCUGCGGUCCCUGCCGCGCCUCCAAGCUGAAAUGCGACCGCUCCGAGCCGUGCGGCCAGUGCCUGAAGAAGUCCCGCCCGGAAGGCUGCGUCUACGCGCCGAAACCCGAGAAGCAGAAGCCCGCCAAAGGCAUGGCGGCGCGGCUUAAGAGGCUCGAGGGCAUGGUGAGGACAAUGAUGGAUGAGGGAGGAGGUGUCGCGGGAGCGGGACCAGGAGGACCGCAGACUACUGGUGCUGCUGCCGACGCCGUGGAGGAGGAGAAGGGCGUCGCGCAGCCUGGGGGUCAGCUUGUUCAGGGGGGUAGGGCGAGUACGUAUGUUGGGGCUACGCAUUUCAUGGCUAUUCUUGAGGAUAUUGAGGAUAUGAAGAGCUACUUUGAGGAGCCGGAGACCGACUACGACGAGAGUCCUGAACCAUCCGACGAAAUCGAGGCCCCGGAUCUCAUGCUAUUCUCGAGGAACAUGCCUCGCAGCAGAGAGGACCUGUUGAAGCUGCUCCCCGAGCAAAAGAUUGUCGACAGACUCAUCAUGAGGUACUUUUCCUCCCGCAGUCCAUCACAACAUAUUGUCCAUCGACCAACUUUUGAAAAACAAUACGCCCACUUCUGGACCGACCCGUCCGGCACCGAUCUCCACUGGCUCGCCCUCCUCUUCAUGGUCAUGUCCCUCGGCGUCUUCUACUCGACCUUCAUGGCGCCCCACGAGCUCUCGGUCGACUCCCCGCAGCCGCCCAUGGACCGCUUCAAGCUCUUCCGCGCCGCCGCCGCCUGCUGCCUCGUCUGGGGCCGCUACACCCACCCGACCAUCGCCACCAUCCCGCCCUUCAUCCUCUACGUCGAGGCCGAGUUCAUCAUCUCCCGCGCCGCCCAGAUGAACUGCUACGUCCUCUCCUCCGUCUGCCUCCGCCUCCUCCUCAAGAUGGGCCUCCACCGCGAUCCGGACCGCCUCCUCGCCGCCGGCACCGCCAUCUCCCCCUACGAGGGCGAGAUGCGCCGCCGCAUGUGGAACAUGGCCGUCCAGCUCGACCUCCUCGUCUCCUUCCACAUGGGCCUCCCCAGCAUGCUCAACGGCAUCGACGCCGACUGCAGCCUCCCGCGCAACCUCGUCGACGAGGACUUCGACGAGGACACCCUCUCGCUCCCGCCGGCCCGACCCGCGACGGACUACACGGAGAUGACCUACCCCAUCAACAAGUCCGCCAUGAUGCUCGUCUUCGGCCAGGUCGCGCGGCAGUCCCACCUCCUCGCCCCGCCGCCCUACGCCGAGGUGAUGCGCCUCGACGACCUCCUCAACGCCUCGUGGCGCGCCGUGCCGCAGUUCAUGAUGGUCAAACCCCUGCAGGAGUGCGUCACCACGCCGCCCAUGCAAAUCAUCCAGCGCUUCGGCCUCGCCUCGCUCUACAACAAGAGCCGCUGCGUCCUCCACCGCCGCUUCCUCCUCGACCCCGCGCCGCGCCGCGAGCACGACUACUCCCGCCGGCAGUGCCUCGAGGGCGCCGUCGUCCUCCUCGACUUCCAAAACACGAUAUGGCACGCCUGCCAGCCAGGCAACAUGCUCAGCCAGAACGGCUGGUUCGUCUCCUCGCUCGCCGUGCACGACUUCCUCCUGGCCGCCACCAUCAUCUACCUCGCUAUCGGACACGAACCGUUCUGGGGUGGCGCGGACAACGGCAAGACCGGCGCGACGGCGACGACGACGACGACUUCGCCCGUGUGGAUGGCGGAGACGAAUCCCCCGCCGACGAGGGCGUACCUCUUGCACCUCCUGCAGAGGUCGUAUUCCGUCUGGAUCGCCAUCGCCGGCGGCGUGCCCGAGGUGAGGAAGACGGCGGGUAUCCUGGAAACGAUGCUGAACAAGCUGGGGUCGCCGCCGAAUUCUCCCCCAGAGAACGGGGGCGCAAAGGUGUCGUCGGCGUCGGGACUUCGCCAGAGUGACGGGUCGGAAUCGGCUGCUCGAUCCGCCCAAGACGACCAACAGCUCCUCGACGGUCUUUCAAUCAAUGACUCGACAUCGUUCCCUACGAUUACGACGAGUCGCUUCCAGCCCUUUGAGUUUGUCACGUCGGGCCUCGGGCCAAGUGAACCUGGGCUCGAUCGUGGAUGGGCGGCGGUUGGCAAUGAGGAGAUGGACUGGGUACGUUUCACGCCACUCACCAAGCAAGCAAAGCCGUACAAUCUGACUGACAUCUGCAGCGAUACUUUGACAACAUCAUGGCCCAGCCUCACAAUGACCCAGUCGGUCUCGAGUCACUGGACGCGUCCCAGCCAUGGUUCGAACGGACACUGGGACCGGACGAUUUUGAUUUCUCUACGUCUGGUGCAUGGGAUCCAAGCUUGGGAUAGUCACGCUGAGGUCACGGCCUACCGCGUUCAUGCUGAUGAGCACAGCGAGCUCUCAGGCCUACAUAUCAGAAGACUUGGCAGCUGAACGGAGCUGAUCUGGGGCACACAAGCAUCGUCCUCGCGCUUGGCCGACCCAGAAGGGGUAUAAGGGGCUGCGGCUCCGCGAGCUCCUCCCAAAGAAGCUCCUCCUCUUGGACACAAAGCCCCUCCACCAAUACCUCCGGCCCUAGUACAGUAACUGGCUCGCUUAGGUGCCAACUGGGCCUCGUGAAGUUUUCUCUCCCCAACACGCGAUAUCGGUGCCCACAACCACGAUGGGCCCGUGGGGGAUAGCAGUCUAUUGCCCUGAUGGAUCUGGCUAGCUGGCAGGGAUGUCAAAAAAAGGUCGGCUCAGGUGACUUGAAAAUAGACGCGAGGUCGGCGUUGGACAGCAUUUCACAAUAGACCCCGGAUUUUCCUUCUCCUUCGGGUCCGCGCCAAUAUCUAAACAUCUGGCUGGACCGAUGGUGUGCGAUGAGCGGCCGUCCUCCGGGGAAUUGGACCCUGCAAGCUCGAUGAGGGGUUCUCUCGGCGGUCGACACACGGUGAAUACUAUAACGUAAAUUUGGUGGGCCGGUGGAAGUGGCCGGCGGCGACGUGCGUAAGGAAUCCCAACAAUGUCGUCUUCGACAACGGCGAGAGCCAUCUAGGGCGUGUUUCGGUCCUACAUGUGUACGUCUCGCCGGCAUCGUCCCCAUACACUCUUCAUUCAAGGGCGCGACGUUGCCGACGAGGGAGCUGGCGUGCAACGGUGCCCUACGAGGCAUGGGCCAACUUCCCCGCAAAACCCGCAGAUUUGACGACAACGAAGCGGGGGCUGUUUGCAUUAGUAGCAGUAGGUAUCUGGAGGCUGGAGCAGCUGGGGGCCCAGUGGCGCUUUUCCCUUGAGCUGAGCUCGCUCUCAUGCUGGAUGGCUGCUUCUUUUUCUUGGCUCAUUGUGGUGUGUUACGCAAAAAGCCAAGUUCCUUUGGAGACGGCCAGACCGCGAACGCAGUAACAAGCUUCUUGGGCGCGCAAAUUUGGAGAUUGGCAGGCUCCUCCGCGGAGAUGCCCACUUCGGAGAGGGAGGGGAAACGUUGGCUUAUGAGCAGUACGGAACGCCAGUUGGUUCGCUUGAUGACGGCAUGGCGGUCGUCUGGGAGGUUUGCUUGGCUCUAUUUGUACGUAAUGAGGAAAAUGCGGUGCUAGCAAGGUCGGCAUUGCGCGAUUCCUGGGUCGUCAUUGGCGCAUUCUUGCUCGUGCUUGACCUGUCGUCUCAGCUCUUUGUCAAUCAGAUUACGGAUACUGGCGCCUCCCGAGUUCCGACAGCUAGGUUGAGGUUGACUGCUUCUUUUGUUGUUGCCCGCCAGCCUAUUGUCUCGCCAUGUCCGGUGGCUCGUUGCCGGACCGCAUUCAGAAGGGAGUUGAGC